AAGAGGAGAGGACUACUAAGCUACUGAGACUUUCACUUUCAUUGAGCAAGCAGCUGGAGUAAUUCAAGGUUCAAAUAAAGUCAUUGGAAUAGAAGAAAAGUCAACUGAAACAAAGGAGUAUCUUGCCAUGCAUAAGACUUUUUUUUUAGGAGAUUGAGGAAUUUCAAGUGUUUGACUGGGAUUGAACCAGAAGAACAGCAUAUGGAGAGCAGCUCUCAUGUUGGGUCGAGAAGAAAGAGUAGCAGUGACAUCUUGUAGUUUCUUAUAAAGGAAACCACAAUAAAAAGAACCGAGCUUCCUUCAUAACGUUUCACCAGAUAUCUGUACCUCGCUGAGAAGAUGAUGGGGAAAAGCCCACAUUGGCCGGUAGAAGCAUGAUACCAACAGUGCUGUUACUUCUAUCAGUAUUGACUGCUCAAGGAAGUGGGUGCGAUGAUUUUAUGAAGACGACGGUGAAAAAUCUUCAGAGCACCAUCAACAGAGAGAAGACGACUGGAUUUCCACAAGUUUUUCCAAAGAACUACGUAGUGUCUCAUUAUUUCAACGACAGCGCUCCGUGCAAUGAGUCGUGCUGUGUGUUCAGCUCUGCUGUGUUUCUGUCUAAUUCCUGGAUUAAGCUUGUCCAGUAUCUCGACAGAGUUCACCUCAAAUACAUGUUCAUCACUGAGCUGAUAUACACACUGGACAAGAUAGCAGAAGAGACAUUUCUGGAAACUCCAGAUGUCACUGCUUUCCCAUCGAUUCAGUCAACACCAGAGACUUUGCUCUCCUUCACCUCCUCCCUGUUUUCAAGAUGGCUCAGUUUGGAUUGUGCUUUCGGAAAGGAUCACUGCAUCUUCCCCAUACCAAGUCAAGAAGAAGAGGACGAUGAUCUGAUAUCAGAUGAGGAAAAUAUGGAAAACAAUGAACAGGUGGAUGAGUAUCAGCCUUUUAUAGAAGGAGUUAAGGGUGAAAUACAGUUUGACCCUGGUCCGAAAAGUGGAUAUACUGAGUUAGGUUUCCCAGGUGUGUCUCGGUGGAUCUUAUCUUAUCUAUGGAUAGUAACAUGUGCAAGUCUUAUCUGAUCAUCUGUGUCACCCGACAGCAGAAAGCAGCUACUGUGUUGCCUUGACUUUGGUUUGCUUGAAUGAGUUUCAAGGAAGUUACUUUCCAAAUCAAGUGGUUGAUGAUCAAGAGAUUUCCGCAAACUGCAUGAACUGGACUGUGUUUUAAAGGGGAAUGUGCAUGUUUUGGAAACAUUUCAAAUGUGAUGUCUUACUCCGUUCACUACAGCACAACUGUGUACAAACAUGUAUGAUGUCUGCAACAUUUUUUGCACUAAUUUUUUCUAUGUCUCUUUCCGUCAUCAUCAAAAUAUGUGUCAACAUCCAUGUUAGUUCUGGUGAAACGUGAAUAUUUUUUACAUUGAAUGUAGUUUAAAAAAGGUAGAGAAUUCAUGAAGCCAAAAGUUGUUUUCCUUGCCUGUCUCUCACACACCACACUCGGUAAAAGCUACAGUAAAUGCAAUAAGCCAUAUUAAGACUAUAUUAGUUUAGCAGCAUUCUGUGUAGGCAUAAGCAAGCUAUUUCAUUUAGAAAAUACAUAUUUAAAUGGCAAUGUCAUGUUUACGUUCAUUGAUAUGUUGCAUUGAAGACUGUAGAUGAUGUUUGUCAAUGCAACCACAACCAAUUUAAUAUCCUUUUUGUGUAAAUGUUUUUGUAUGUAGAUUUUUAUAUAUAAAUAAAAUCUCUUCGGAUUGUGUUAAAUGUUU